UGAGAAAAAGUAACGCGCCGAAUAUUACGCGGUUGAUUUCACGACAGUUCCUAUGGAAACAGGGAACGAUCGAAUUGUGCUCAUGUAAGUUGACUCGAUGGUAUGCGAGCACAAAGUAUAUAUAAAUCAAUGGCAGGUAAACCCAGUUCAGUCUUACGAGGCUACCGCAGUCACAAAUAUUGACACGACCUGUGAUGAACUCACGAGACGACGUUAACGUCGUCCAUCCUCAAAGUUCUCCCCGGAAGUUACCUGUCUGCUAUUGCUACCAAACUACAUAUUCUGCUUUUAUCUUCGUAGGAACAUACCUUAGAUAUUAAAUUAUAAUGGCGUUCGAGUUAGAUGAUCUUUUAAAGGACGAUAAAAAAGAUGCUAAUUUAAUACCGGACUUAAGUAAAGCGACAUGUAACUCUCAAGAGGAAUUCAGACAAUUGUUGGAACAUUGUCCAGAAUUUAAGAUCAAAUCAGAAAAGGUAAAAAAAGAAGAUACCAAAGUACGUGAUAAGGAAUUUUCUUGGAAAGCAACCAAAAAAGAAUUGAAAGCUAUUGAAAGAGAAUGGACAUAUGGAGAUCCUAUACCGCCCGAUAUGAAAAAUUUAAAUCUUCACGAAUUACAACAAGUUGCUAUCGAUUGGAGAAUGCUUACGCCGAUUAGACCGAAACUUCGCCAAGAUGAAGAGUUAUUUUCAAGAUUGGUAGAAAUGGGCAAGUUAGAAGCAAAAACUCGCAUAAAAGAACGACGUUCCUUUGUAAGUCCAAUAAGACGUAAUAAAAAUCGAGCUGGGAUUAUUGAAAGUAGCGUUAAAAUUUGCGGGAAAUGUGGCGAAGAAUAUUGUUUUGGUGAAACCUGCGGCGAUAUUUUGUAUGAUUCGUACGUUCGAAUCGCUGUUUUGACUCAACAAUCUAAGACGAAGAUCUCUGCCGAUACAGAAGCCAUUAUCGCUAACAUGAAUUGUCCUAAAAAGCAGAAAAAGAAAAAACUUAAAACGAAAAGUAAAACACCCAGAAAAAGUGUAUGUUUGUUGAUUCACCAUAAAACAAGAAAGCUUACAAGUAAAAGCAUGGAAAGUAAAAAUAAUAAUAGACGCGAGAGUGAUAUCGAAAAAUCUGUAAAACCCAUAAGACAAUUUAAAAGGAAAUGCACUAAAUAUCGGAAAAAAAGUCAAUCGAACAAAUGAUUGACAUUAUAAAGACAUAUCACACAUAAAUAAUUUCUCAUAUAAAAGUUCUUCCAAGCUUUUCCUUGUCAUAUUUUUUUCUAUACAUUUGUUCAAGUUCAUUAAAAAAAUUAACAGAAAUAUAAUUAAAUCAUAAAAAUAGAUUUAAUAUAUACUUCUAACGAUAGUAGUUAAAUAUGAAAACUUUAUAAAAGUAUACAGUAAUAUAAAUCGUAUAUUUAAUAAAAACUAUAUAUGAUCAUAAAAAGUUCAUAAGUCCCGUAUGUACAUACAUUUCCAUAUUUAAUGCUAUUCAUGUGCUAAUAUUAUAUUUAAUAUAUGUAUAAUAACGUUUAUAAUUACUUCAAACUUUUGUUUAGAAACAAACAAUAAAUUUCUAGGUGUAUGUAAUAAAAAAUAAAAUUGUAUGUAGUAAAAGAUUCGCAUUGAAAAUAGGUAAUUUCAAUGAUCUUAGAAUUUUCAUAGUUUCAAUUUACACCAGUAGCAUAAUUGCUUAAACACAAAGAUAUGAAUAAUAAAUUAUAAAUAUAUUAAAAAUCAUCAUUAUUAGUAAUUAUAUCAUUAUUAAAAAUCAUAUAUAUGAAAAUCGUUAUUGUCGGUAUAAAUAUGUAAAUGCGCAUAAUAUCGCACAAUGAUACUGCAUAAAGGCAUAAUAAAAACCCAAUUAUAUGCUGGAAAAAUAUAAUUUUUAUUCACUUAUCAUUAUCUGCCUCUUUGUUCUACUUCACAGUAGCUCAUGUUCCUUGCGCAUUUUACGGAAGUAUCACAAACAAAACCACGAUUACAUUGGAGAAAUUUUCUGCUGCCAAAACGAAGGGCAUUCAAUAAGACUCCCUUUUUAUCACCAUAGAAAUAUAAGCUAAUCUUCAAAUUUUAAUACAUAUAUUUGCCAUAUAGUUAAAUAUUCUUUUUCUUCGAACUAAGAAUAAAAUACAAGAUUAGGAAGCAGAAUAUCUCUCUUAAAUUAUAAUUUUCCAUAGAUUUCUUAUAAUAACAUUUCAUUAUUAUUUUAUUUAAUUGAUUAAUUUGAAUAUUAAAUUAAAAACUAAUGAUUAUUAAUCUAAUAUUUAAGUAAUAAACACGCACUUUACAUGACAUAUUUAUGGAUAUAUUUAUAUCGCUGCUAUAGCCUUAAUAAAAAUAGCUGUAACGAUAUAUUUGUAGCAAGUUUCCAGUUAUUAGACUUUUUAAAUAAGAUAAAUUAUAUAUUCUAGCGUUAUGUUGUUGAAAAAUCAUAUUAUGACUUACAACUCUUUUCUCUUUGCCUUAAAUAUACAUAUAAUUAAAUACAUAAAUUAUGUUUUUUUUUGAACUUUUUUAUGUUAAUUGAAAGUAAUAAAAAUAUUAAGCAUACACUUAGAGCUCCUUUAUUUUUACAAUAAUUUUCUUUUUAAAAUGUCUUAUAACAAAGUUAUGAAACAUAUUCAUAAUCUCAUAAAAUUAUUUCUACAAUUCAAAAAAAUGCAAGUUAUUUAUAAACUACUAUAAAAGCACCUAGUACUGCAAAAACAAUAUGAACAUGUGUAAAACAGUUGUUCAUAAAUAAAAUUUGGAAUGCUUAAACAGAUACCAAUUAAAUUCAUCGUCACGUUUUAUAUUAUAUCGAUGUAAACAUUUAGAUCUAGAUAUUAAAAACUAUCACUACAAUUUUAAAUGACGAUUGCACAUAUAAUUGUAAUCAGAAAAUUAUU